CUGUUUCUUCUCAAUCACUCUUCCCUUAAUGCAACCACCCUGAAACCUAGAAACUGUCUACAAACAUGGCCCUCUCAGCUGGGAUUAUGUCCAUUAUUGUGGAAUUUGUUGCCAGCUGUGAAGUCAUAGAUUGUUUUGGUGUCAAUUUAUCCCAUCUUGAUUCAGUCUCGAUGCAUGAUCUGGCCCGAUUACGACUGAUCAACAAGACUUUCUGCUAUUUUGCUUCCGAACACUUCUUUCGAACACUGACGUGGAUGCGGGGGCUAUGGGAGGAGAUCUGCUACAGCUCAUAUGCGGUACAUGUCCGCCAGGUGCAUCUGAUUGACCCAGAUCACGGUUCCGAAAGAAUGAGCUGGGAAAGGAUCACAAUGCAGCUGCCGACAGUCUUGUCCUGCCUACCUAACCUCGAAAGUAUGGUAGUCCAUCUUGAAUAUUCGAGUACUAGUGAUCUAGAAGCGAUUAAUCCUCCACGAGUCCUUGUACAGAGCUUCUAGGAGGCAUCACUGCUGAAACUGAGGAGUCUGCUUGUGUUUUUCGACGGGUGGAAGGC